AUGGACCUGAUUCCGCCGUCAUACAAGUCCGCAACGGACCGAGAUGCCUGGGCCAUUAUCGCCCACUAUAUCCCUUCCAGUGAUCUGUGUGCCACCUCGCUAGUCUGCCAUCGAUGGCACGAUUUGUUCAUACCUUUUCUGUGGGGUGACCCGGCAUCGCAUUUUGGGACAGAAAACGAUGCAGUCUAUGUUGCCCUCACGCGGUUCCGAAGAACCUUGAAAUAUGCCAGGAGAGAAGUGCGGGCGUUGACCCAUACGCUUCAUCUACCGCCAGCGCUGUCGGAAAUCUAUGGUGGCCCGCGACCUGGCUGGCUAAGAGAUAUUCUAGAGUAUUUGCCUUCCUUGCAAUGCUUGAUGGUCUCGAGACUCCCCUUCUUCGACCAUAAUGCGAUGGUUGCUUUGAGAGAUCAACAACAAUCCAGUCAAUAUAAUGUCCGUCUUCUGUUAGCGGACCACGAGCCCAAUACUACAUCAGCGGGCCUGGCGGAGACGAUCCUUCGCUUUCCCUUAUUGACCUACCUAGAUCUCUCAUAUACUACCUCGGCGCGAGACCAAAGCGUUUUGUCCUCGAUCUCUCAGCUUGAGCACCUCCAAGUGCUGAAGCUGCGUGGUAUUGGAUUAAGGGACUCUGAUGCCGAGUUCCUGGCCAACGCGAUCGGGAUCCGAACCCGUUUCCUGGAUCUGCGCAAUAACUUGCUCACCGACAUGGCGAUUCGUUCACUACUGCAAGCAUCCUUUACUCCAUCAGACCAAGCAACCAUGCCGCCAAUAAGGCACAGUGGUUCUUCGUCAGAUCCUGUUUCCCAAGCAGCCCGCCACCACACCCAAUCGGAGUUUUUGAAGUCACCAUAUCUGGAUGAACAAUAUCUCAAGCUCCUGGCUCAACCGGGUUCAAAUCACACCUGGAUUGAAGACUUACCGUACACGGGAAUCACACAUCUCUAUAUCGCGAAUAACCCGAUCACGGUGGAAGGCGCGGCUGGCCUCUUGGCUUCAUCUCGCCUCCACGCCCUCGACGUGGGGACUGUGAAUACCGCGGAUGUCAUUCACAAAACAGCUAUGAAACAUGGGAUGUAUCCUGGAGCUGAGAAAUUAGUGCCUAUUCUGGGGAACGUGGCUGGUGACAACCUCGCUUAUUUUCGAGCUCAUCAUGCCGUUGUCUCUGCCGAGCCUCCAGCGAAAGAUGUGGCACCCACAGGUGACUUCCUUCCAGAACUCCCCGCCGGCAACGAAGUGCCCCGUGAAGCUGAGUUGGACGCCUCGCAGGAGGUUCAUGAGCUACCCGGAGAGAACAUACCGAUCUUUGAGCUUGCAGAUACGUCAAUAUGUGAGUCUAAAGACUCAACAUUUACUACUAGAACUCCAACGCUACGGCCGUCGAAUCCAUAUGAGGAUCAGCCUUUGGCUCCAGUUAGACGAGGAUCUGUAUUUGCGCCAGAAGUGGUCCCUGAUCCAGGUAAUGACAAUGAGUCUAUCCUAUUCAGUAUCAAUGGCUCUAUUCCAUCACGUUCAAGGCAGGAUGACGAUGAAGGCACCCUGCAAUCAAUCUCAAAUCUCCGUGCCUUUGGGGAGGGCCUUGGGAUGCCAAACCCACAAUACAGUUCAUCAAUAUCGAUGGACGAUCCCCGGUCCCAGAGAAUCCAGGAAUUGCUUGCGAAGCGUCCACAGAACCAAUCCAUUCCUCUUCGAGGUGGAAAGCAAAGUCGAUUCCCGUACCUCCACCCGUCACACACCCCACACCUAGAGACUCUAGUCUUGACAGAUGUCCCCUCGCAUAUUCCGCCAAAUUCCCCGAUCCUAUAUACUUUGACUCGAUUCAUUACUGCAUGUUCCAAUGAAGCCCUACUUGCAACCCUUCAAGCCGGGUCGGAUUAUUCCCUUCCACCCGGCCAAGCACGCAUGCGAGCUGAGCAACAGCAUUCUCGAACCCUCUUUGGCCUACGACGAAUAAUCCUUGAAGUCACGCCUACUGAUAGUUUAACCCGACCCACUACGUGGAAGCCCGGUGUUCAAAAUUCGAGUACGGGUGACCGCGACUCGGAGGCUCUCUGGGCAGCAGCAGUGGACGACUUUAGCUUUUUUGAUGAGAUGGAGUGCGGCAUCCCCGAGAACGACCCGGGCAAGUACUUCCCAAUGGCUGUCCUUAAUGAGAAGGUUUCCCUCAUGCCCUCGGAUGAUGAUUCCUCCACCCACUCGGGUGCUGAGGCUUCUCCCCUCCCAGGUCGCCGGAUCUCACGGCAAAGCGUCACAUCUGCGGCGCGCAGCACACCUAGCCCGUCACGACCCGAUGCAGAAGUUCAACAGCGCCAGUUAGUACAAGACAUCGAUCUCGUGGCGGAACUUGCUGCUUUCCGUCGCGCAAAGAAGGCUGAGUACGAGCAGGUCGUGCGCCGGGAGAGAGGGCGGCGCAGUACCAAUGGCACGGGGAUCUCGAGCUCGCUCGCCGCGACGACACCACAGAUAUCGAUGGCACACUUUGUCGAAGGCCAUUGGAAGGGCGAGGUCAAGAUUGUGCGGAAUCCGACGCCGAAGAUGCGCAGCGGGAUGGUGGAUAUGUAUGGAAAUUAUUUCGAGAAGGGCUACCUGUAUCCAUGA